CUCCCAGGUGCUCACUGCAAUCAUGAAGGCUGUCUUCUUUCUCCUGCUGGCCACCUACUUAGCCCUGCAUCCAGGUGCCGCCCUGCAAUGCUACUCAUGCACAGCCCAGAUGAACAACAGAGACUGUCUGAACGUACAGAACUGCAGCCUGGGCCAGAACAGCUGCUUUACAGCGCGCAUCCGGGCCAUUGGACUCGUGACAGUUAUCAGUAAGGGCUGCAGCUCAAAGUGUGAGGAUGACUCGGAGAACUACUAUGUGGGCAAGAAGAACAUCACAUGCUGCAACUCUGACCUGUGCAAUGCCAACGGGGCCCACACCCUGAAGCCACCCACCACCCUGGGGCUGCUGACCGUGCUCUGCAGCCUGUUGCUGUGGGGCUCCAGCCGUCUGUAGGCUCUAGGAGAACCCUACCGUAGCCCAACUGGGCAGAGAUGAGCUGCACCCCCACCCCCACCCCACACAGGAGCAACCACCAUCACUCCUAACUCCCACACAGGGCUGGCCUUCCCCCCCCAGCCCCCUCCCCCUCUCUCCUGUCUGCUGCUAUUUCGACAGCUAGCGCUUUACCCACCUCACCCCAUCAGCACUGUGCCCUACCAAGUUCCGAUCAGAUGUUUCUGCUGCAGGACUCCCUUGCCACCCUACUCUCCAGGGCCUGAGCCAGUGGGUACAGCAGCACUUGGGGAGGGGCCUUGUAGAGGCUGAGAUGGGAUGGACUGAGCAGAAAUGGAGCUGGGAGGUGGGUGUGAGGCACCAGGAGUCCCAGGAGCCAAUGCCUGGAGGGGGACAGGCUCUGUGUUUAUAGAGUCCCAGGAUACAACAGUCAUGUAAUAAAUACCUGCUGGGUAA